UCAUCGCGUCGCUUAUCAUUUAUGUACGAACCAAUGUUUUGAAUGUACUUUUAGAUAUUUAUGGCCUAAUAUGAAACGGCACGUGUUUGGAAAAAUACUCUGUUAUUCGUUAUAAUGUAUCGAUCGUAUAGAUGUUCAAAUUAUUUAAAUCAGUGCUUUUUCGCGUCCAAGUUUAAAAGUGAUUUGUUCUUCGAUUAAGACUUUAGAAUGAAAGUCGGUGUCAUUAAAAAGUUGAUAAUGGGAAAACUUGAAGUCGAUGCAAAACUUCUUUAAAUGGAUAGAGGAUCGUACAGCGCGAUGCCACCUCCGCACACGCUGAAGGUGGAAAAUUGCUCGUCGCACUGCACGACGCCCUCCGAGCGUCAGGAUAACGUGGUCUCCGUGAAGGUCGGCUUCAUACACAUUAACCCUGCUUCGAAACGGGGUCGAAGAAUAUUCCUGCUGCAGAUGUUGAUAGUGUGCUUCGUGCCGCACGUGGCUCUUGUCAUCCAGAACUGCUCCAACAUGGCUCAGCUCUCACAAACUUUAGACUCCUCGCUGUAUCUAGAUACUGAGGUGAACACAAUCUUGCUGAUGGGAGAUCUCAUCGUCAGUCUUCAGGAUGAGAGACAGAUCAUCAGCGAGUAUCUGCUCAAAUCAUCAGUAUUUGAUGUAAGCGCUCUACAAGAGGCGUUUACAACACUUGCCGAUCAGCUCACCAGUGUUCCUGAUAUUCAAGACCAUUUGAUGACAUUGUACCAUUUUAGGGAAGAUCUUAUAAAUAUCAAGAAUCUGAAAGCGGAGGCUUUCAAAAGGACGAGAGUUUACGAAGAAAUUAAUACACUACUACUUAUAAACGUUGCGAGGAAUGUCAAAAGUACUACAUCGUCUUUAUGGAGACAGUUAUCAGCUUGCGCCGACCUUCUGAGGUCCAGAGAAGAGUUAUCUUUAGCUCUGACGUCACAUUCCUACUACAUACACAUAGAAGAGCUGGAUCCCAUAGCCAUAAGUAACAUACAAACGCAUUUAGACUCUGGGAAAGACAGCUUAAGGUCCACAAUACAAUAUUUGGAGACAGAAAAAAAUGUUAAACAAGUCGACGAGUUGAAUGAAGUUUUGAUAUUUUUCGAAGAAUUAAAGAAGUCUAUAGUGAAUCAGCCGAGAAUCGAACCUACAGCAGCUAACAUCAGCAGAUAUUUGUAUACAGAUGUCGACUGGUAUGCCUAUCUGGACAAGAUGAGGGUAGUUCAAAAGGACCUAUGGGUUAUAGUGGGGUCCUCAGGUCGGCAGGUGGUUUGGGUGGCCCGUCGUACGCUGGCGAUCGGUGUGGCCAUCCUCGCACUGGUUCUCCUAGCCUCGCCUGUGAUGCUGUUGCUACUGCGUCAUAUUGCCUACACUAUACAGACAUUUACACACUCAAUCGAGCAGAGCACACAGAAGUUGAUAGCAGAAAAACAGAAGAGUGAUCUACUUCUGUCUAGAAUGCUGCCACUCCCUGUUCUAAGAAGAUUGCGAGCUCAGAGAGCGGUGCCAGCGGAAGCAUUCGACGCCGUCACUAUAUUCUUUAGUGAUAUAGUCGGAUUCACCAACAUAUCAGCUAGUAGCACUCCCAUGGAAGUGAUUAAUAUGCUCAAUAUGCUAUACAGGUUGUUUGAUGAGAAGAUUACUCAUUACGACGUGUACAAAGUGGAGACGAUAGGUGACGCUUACAUGGUUGUGUCUGGCCUUCCUCAAAGGAACGGUAACCGCCACGCAUCAGAGAUAGCGGAUAUGUCGCUAUCUCUAUUGCGCAGCUUGGAAGGCGCUUGCGUCCCUCAUCGGCCGGGGGCGCCACUUAUGAUUCGGGCCGGUGUGAACACUGGACCAUGCGUGGCGGGAGUGGUGGGGACCACCAUGCCACGAUACUGUCUCUUCGGAGACACUAUCAAUACUGCUAGCCGGAUGGAAAGCACUGGCGAAGCAAUGAAAAUUCACAUUUCUUAUACAACGAAAUUAGCACUCGAUGAGAUCGGGAACUACGAAUUUGAAACGAGAGGGCCUGUUAAUAUAGCGGGUAAAGGGUACAUGGAAACGUACUGGCUUGUCGGCAAGGUCGGUGAAUUUCGAAGCGAAAGCCCAAGAGGUCCACAACUUCAGGAUUACCACAAUAACCUAAUGGAGUUGCUCAUCAGAACGUAAUGAGGUCUAUUGUACAAGAUAUUGCCACAAGAGGCGCUAGUGAGAAUUUAGGUCUUUUGCCCAAAAGAGAAACCAAUUUUUGAUAGCUACAGUGUUUGGAUGGACAGAUUCUCAAGCUACUUUAGUGCAAUAAAGUACAUUUCUUAU